AUGGGAGGUGGUGCAGCAGAUCACGGGAAUGGCGGCAAUGGAGAUUUCAGGUACAAGGUUUGGAGUAUGACCGGUGGCCCUAACUGUCGCCCUAAACACUGGAAACGCAACACUGCCAUCGCCAUGUUCGGCGUCUUCCUUGUCUGCAUCCCAAUCUUCAAACUUUCCGCUAAACUCGAGCAACGACCACAUCACCCAGUUCGCCCAAUCCCUUCCCAAAUCUGGUGCAAGAACUUCGGAACCAAGGACUACAAAGAUUACGAAUAA